AUGUCUCUCUUCAGGUCUUUGCAAAACUCUCCAGCUACUAUCUCGAUUUUCCACAAUGCCCGAGUUCCGGCCCUGGCUAGGUUGUUUGCUUUCUUGGAGAAAGCAUACUAUCAAUUGAACGAUGAUAAGAACCUUUUCCAGCUCGAUAUGAACGCCAAACAAAUGCCCACUUACGACCAGUUCAAGUCUAUUUAUACCAACUGUGUUCGUGGUGAUCGCUGCAAAACCGUGUUGAAAGAGUGCUUCCCGUUGCUCAACGACAAAUUCAUCAAAUCAGACCAAGGCCUGGUUACCGUGAAGAGCCUCGGCAUUUCUCACGAUAGAGGGUUCAAGAUCUUUUCUCAAAACGAGUACGACCAUAUUCAUGAGGCCUUUGACAAUCUCAUCAACCAGGAGAACCCGGAGAUCGACCCUAACGAGCUCUUCCAGCCUCCAUUGCUCAUUGACUGGGACCAGAACUUGAUUGCCAAUGACAUGGACGGCUUGGAGUUGAUAUUGGCCAAGUACAAGGAGGCAGCCAAGGAGAAGUCCUAA